CAUUCGUUUAAGGCCUUACACUCUCCUUUGGCGGCAGUGACUUUCCCUUCGGGAUUUAGGGUUGCUUAUCGUUGUUGCUGACAAUUUCAAUUAUGGCUGAGCGUGGCGGAGAUCGUGGUGGUUUUGGACGUGGCUUUGGCGGCCGUGGACGCGGAGAUCGUGGCCGAGGUGGACGACGCAGAGCUGGUGGUCGCCGCGAAGAGGAGGAGAAAUGUUCCGUUGACAAAACUCUUGGCCGUCUCGUCAAGGAGGGAAAGAUCCGCCACCUCGAACAGAUCUAUCUUCAUUCUCUCCCGAUCAAGGAGCAUCAAAUUGUUGAUACAUUGGUUGGUCCCAGUCUGAAGGAUGAAGUCAUGAAGAUUAUGCCUGUGCAGAAACAGACCAGGGCCGGGCAGAGAACUCGAUUCAAGGCGUUUGUUGUCGUUGGUGACGGAAAUGGACACGUGGGCCUCGGUGUUAAGUGUAGCAAGGAGGUCGCCACUGCCAUUCGUGGUGCCAUUAUAUUGGCCAAGCUCUCGGUGAUUCCUGUGAGAAGAGGUUACUGGGGUAACAAGAUCGGGAAGCCCCACACUGUCCCGUGCAAGGUUACUGGUAAGUGUGGUUCAGUCACAGUGCGUAUGGUUCCCGCUCCUCGGGGUGCUGGAAUUGUUGCUGCUAGGGUGCCGAAGAAGGUAUUGCAGUUCGCUGGUAUUGAGGAUGUCUUCACUUCUUCAAGAGGGUCGACUAAGACUCUUGGAAAUUUUGUCAAGGUUCGUUCCAAAUAAUGUUUUUUAUUUGCU